AAUAUGCCUAUUUUUAGACAACAAUAGCGAAUGUUACCAGAUAUGUUGUAUCUGAGCGCGGGAGCAUUUGUUGCGAAAUUAUUCGAUUUCAAAGUGUAUAAUUUGACUAAAUUCUUACCGGACUUGCUAGCCUACAUUAGCUUGAGUUAGCUGUUAUCAUCCGGUAGCUAGCUAAACCGACGAGCCCCGAGUAAACGUUCAGUGGUAUCGGGAAGUAACGUAGCUAGUUUAUAGACCUGCUGUAGUCGUAACGAUGGCCUCACCGUAAAUAACGUUAACUGCUUAUUCUCUUUCCACAAGUCAGUGAUAGUCACCACUGCAUCGUUACCGCGCUUUAACUGCUCUGUUUAGACCAGUCAGCGCCCUAUUAGCGACGUAAGCAGUAACACUGUACUGUAAGUUGCUUUCAGUGCUUCAAACAUGGAACAAGACAACAAUUCAGAGGAUGAGUCAGUCGUCGCAUCAGCGGAUCCUUCAGAGGAAGAACCGGCGUGCAUACCUCCAGGCCUCUCGGAUGGUGAAACAUUGGAGAUGCUUUGGCAGUUGCGAGCUCAGCGGCGCCAGUCUUCCCCUGAGCUCCCAGAGACAGUGACCCGUCUUAUCACUCCUGAUGGCAGCAUCCUGUACCUGGUGGGCACUGCCCACUUCAGUGACAGCAGCAAAAAUGAUGUGGCCACGACGAUUCGUGCUGUGCAGCCAGAUGUGGUGGUGGUGGAGCUGUGCCAGUACAGGGUGUCUAUGUUGAGGAUGGACGAGAAUACACUGAUGAGGGAAGCCAAAGACAUCAACCUAGAAAAGGUUCAGCUUUUUUAGAAUGGCCUGAUGUCUGGCCUAAUGCAGAUUCUCCUGCUCAAAGUUUCUGCUCACAUCACUGAGCAACUGGGCAUGGCUCCUGGAGGAGAGUUCAGAGAGGCCUUCAAAGAGGCUGGACGGGUGCCUUUCUGUAAAUUUCACCUAGGGGACAGGCCAAUCCCUGUGACGUUCAAGAGAGCCAUCGCUGCUCUCAGUCUUUGGCAGAAGGCCCGUUUGGCCUGGGGUCUGUGUUUUCUGUCAGAUCCAAUCAGCAAAGAGGACGUUGAGAAGUGCAAACAGAAGGACCUGCUGGAGCAGACCAUGUCAGAGAUGAUCGGCGAGUUUCCUGCUCUCCACCAAACCAUCGUAGCUGAAAGAGACAUCUACCUCACACACACACUUCGCCAAGCUACACACUGUGUAGAGGCCCCCCAUAAUGCCCAGAAGGUGCCUGCUGUGGUGGUAGGAGUCGUAGGGAUGGGUCAUGUCCCUGGCAUAGAAAGAAACUGGGAGAAGCAGCUCAACAUUAAUGAAAUCAUGAGUGUUGCACCUCCCUCACGUUUCAGCUGGGUGCUGCGCACAGUCAUAAAGGGCGUCAUGAUGGGAAUGCUGGGAUAUGCCUGCUACCGUGCUGGAGGGAGUUUAGGUAGAGCCCUGCUGUCUUUACCUGCAGUCCAGUAUGUAGUGGAGAUUCUGUGGACAAACCCUGCUUGACCCCACCGGUAUUCUCUAAGCCAUCAGUGACACAACCUUUAAGUUAUGAAAACAAUGCAUCUAUCACCAGUGGCCUUAAAAUCAGGAGGAGAGGCUGGAGGAAAGAGUUCACCAGCCAACACUAUGAGCUAGCACGGACCACAGCGGGCUCAGAGCCCCCCACCUCAUGUUGAUGUCCCUGUAUACACAGCAGGACUGUACUGCCAAAGAAACCAUGACAGUACUGUUUUCUUUUGUAUUUUUGCAAGCAUGCAUCUGGUAAGGUGUGCACAUGACAGUAAUUCCCUUUGAAUAGGCUUACAUUUCCCCUAUUAUUCCUUUUAAUAGCUUACUCAUAGAGAUUUUAUUGACAAGUGUCAUCAGAGUCCUCUUCAGUCAUGUGUCCUGAUAUGAUGGAGCCAUUUUGCUGAGAGGCAAACUUUUGUAACACUCUCCUUAUUCUUCCUCCCUUCCUAGUCCCAUCCAGUAUUUAUUUUUUUCCUUUUUUUCAUAAUUGGCACUUUUUAAGACCUGGUUUAGUCUUGUAUGCAAAUACGGCCUAUGGAAGAAAAGAGAAAAUAGAUUAUUAAAUCAGUCAUAAUAAAUUUGGAAUUCUAUAAAUUCUUCAGUUUUUUAAUUGAACACAUCAUGGUGACCCUCAUGCUGUGAGUGUGAGGUAAGCAUCAAAAAUGUCUGAAUUGGAAGGUUAGCUAUCAUAUUCUGAAUUCUUUAAACAUCUACUUAAAAAAAUAAAUAAAAGCAUCCUCUUUCCAUAAGCGUAAGACAGAAUUUACUCCUGCCUGCAUCAACAGACAAGUGCCUCAUAUUGCAGCUGUAAGGGCUAAUGGUGAAGAAAACGGAAUGGCAAAAAUGUGUAUUAUAUGUAUUUUACACAUUCUGCAAACACAUGGUCAGUGCAACUCGGUAGGAAUCUGUCCUUUUAUUAAAAUAAGAUGAAAUAUACAUAUUUUGUAAAUACUACUUCCCCUAAUAUAGAUAUUAAAUUUGUUUUCUUAAUUUUAAAGGAAAUGUUUCCAUGGCCCCUGCAUUUUAUGGUCACUCAUACAUUCAGCAGAGACCUGCAACAGGACAGGCUGAAAUAUGCCUCAUUAUUAUAGGAUUUAUUUUAUUGAGCGCACAUCCAGUAUGAGGCACCUUAGCAUUUAUUGGCUCUUGACUCUGAGUAAGGGUUCAUAUUUGCUAGAACACUAUGCAUCCUGUACAGAAACUAAUCUCUUAUAAACCUUCCACAUUCAGCUCAUCAGCUGUGUGUAAUGCUAUCAUGCAUCACUCCUGUAAAAUGAGAGCAGAGAUGAUAAAAAGAAAAGAAAAUGGAUUUAUUUGUCUCAAAUUAAUAACUGAACUUUACCGCAAUGGUUUCUCAAGGGACAUUUGUUAUGGACUUGUUUUGACUAUGGUGAGUUAAGGUUGGUCAGAGGAGGGAGGUAAAGCCUUACACUGCUGUCAUUGCUGCCUUUGUGCCUCAGAUUGCUGCCUCUGCUGAGGCUUGUGUUCACCAACACUGAGCACAGUAUCCACAGUAUAGAGCUUUUUAUUGCACACUUAAAAGUUGGCAAGAUGACAUCCCUAAAACUGCGUAACAUGGGAGAUGUCCCAGUAAGUUGAACAGACAUGUGAACUUGGUUACAAGGUUAUAAACCAUCAUUAUUUUCCAGGUUUAACCUAUCUUAGUUUUAAAUAAUGUAUGUGCAGUACAUGAAUUAGAUCUAUUUAUACUGUUUGUGAAAUGAUCCAGUGAAUUAAUAUGGGACUUGUGUAAUUGAAGCACCGUCAUUUCAUCUUACAAACAUAAGACCACUUUCAGAGUAUCUUUACAUAAAACUGACCCAGAUGUCUUCCAACUCAUACAUUCAUUUUCUGUAGAUAUGAGAAAAAUAAGAAUAAGUCAGGUAGUCUUUCCUCUCAUAUCUUGGCAGUAUAAUACAAUGAAACUUGAAUAUUGUAUGUCUCGCUCCAUCAUAAUUUCUAAAGGUUUAAUCUACUGUAUGUUUGAGAAUUACCAAGAAAGCUGUAUGAAUGCCUGUUUUCAUUUUCCCCAGAUACUUGUGUUGUACUGUCAUUGUUAACAAACCAAAUAUUGAAUGAAAAAAUCAGUUAUGAAUUAUAAAAGCAUUUUAAGUAAAGAUAAAUUAUGUUUGUCUCCAACAUGUUGUCUUCCUGUUGCAUGUUAGCUGCAAAUAUUUAAACCUCAGCAAUAC